AUGGGCAACUCACUAGGCAUAUUUUGUUCCUGGUUCCGCCGCAGGUCCCGGCCAUGCCAUUGGCAACGUGCUCGUCUAAGCGUAUUUUGUUCCUGGUUCCACCACAGGUCCCCGAGAUGCCAUUGGCAAUCUGCUCGUCUUAUCUCUGAGGCCUUUCCAGCUGGCAGGGCUCACCCUGCGGCUCCUGCACCUGUGCCUGCCUCGAGAACCCUGGGCUGUUCCCGAUUCCUCUUCUACCCUCAGCGACAUCCUGGGCCUUCUUUUCCAGCCAGGUGGGACGGCGCCCCUACGAGGCUGUGUCUUCUCCCUCGGAACAGGGGCACCCCACUGAGGGUCCCGUCUCCUGUGGACUGGAGCACCCCCUCAAGGAAGAAACCCGUGCUGUCUGCUCGCAACUCCAUGAUGUUCGGACACCCCAGCCCCGUGAGGAUCCCUCGUCUCAGACGCAAGUUUAACCUCCGACUGCCUUCAUUAGAUGAGCAGGUGAUCCCAGCCAGGCUCCCGAAGACGGAGGUGAGGGCAGAAGAGCCCAAAGAAGCAACGGAGGUGAAAGACCAGGUAGAGACCCAGGGGCAGGAGGACAAUAAAAGGGGCCCCUGUAGCAAUGGGGAAGCAGCCUCCACCUCUAGGCCCCUGGAGAAUCAGGGAAACCUCACUUCCUGCUGGUGCAGUCCCAGGCCCUUGGAGGGAAAUGUCCACCUCAAGAGCUUGACCGAAAAGAACCAGAAUGACAAGGCCCAGGUGCAUGCAGUGAGUUUCUACCCCAAGGGGCAUGGAGUCUCCAGCUCACACAGCCCUGCUGGAGGCAUCCUUCCCUUUGGGAAGCCUGACGCAGCUCCAACAGUGCUCCCUGCCCCAGUUCCGGGCUGCUCCCUGUGGCCAGAGAAGGCGGCCUUGAAGGUGCUGGGUAAAGAUCACCUGCCCAGCUCUCCAGGCUUGCUGAUCACAGGGAAGGACAUGCAGCUCAAAGAUCCUGCAGCCCUUCUGGGAUCAAGUAACUUUUCUCCACCCAGAGCUGCCGGCCACGGGUCCCGCAAAAGAAAGCUGUCAGGGCCACCACUGCCGCUGCAACCGACCCCUCCCCUGCAACUGAGGUGGGAUAGAAACGAGCGGGCCCCACCCGCUAAGCUUCCCUGCCUAUCUCCUGAGGCACUGUUAGAGCUGGGUCAGGCUUCCCAGAGGGAAGGACGCCUCCAGCAGGGCAACAUGGGUAAGAACAUAGGGGUGUUAAGUAGAACAUCAAAAUCCAGGAGACGAAAACAGCCGCUUGGGAGGAGAAAGAAGAUACGGAAGGGCAGGCGUGGUAGCUCACGUCUAUAA